AUGCCGAUCUGCCCAACUCAAGCAUCCGGUCCCUCAAGUCGGGAAAUGGAAGCAUACCUAUCGGCCCCUCAUCCUUCGGUGAAUGCCCAUGGAGCCUCUCACUCGGCCCUAGAGCUUCCACUAGGUCAUAGUGAGUGGGGUCUCGCCACCUACACUCAGGAUCGUGACCGUUCCCUUGAGACGCGCUCCUUUUCCUUUUCGGAUGAGCAAGUUCGCUCCAUGGGGUUCGUCAGAGGUCAUCCACCGGGUCAUGAUCAAGAUCGCCAAAGUAACAGCACCUCUUUCGAUGGUACCGACAAUAUCCAAUCUCCCAGCCAUAUCAAGCACUGUUAUACAAACACCGACAUCGAUCACUCUGCUCAGGUCUUUAAUGGAGACGUUGCCCGCGCUUACGAUUCGUCUUCCACCAGAGAGCAUCAUUUACACGGUGGGUCCGUCAAAAACAAAAGUAGGCUUGUCAAUGGAGAUCUUGAUAGAGAUACCUUCCUGGCCAUGUUCUGCAAUUCCAAUGGCGAAACUCAGUCCAGAGAGACGGCAGCGGAAGAAAGCUCACGCUCGGCGGCGUGA